AUGACAAAAAUUUUUUAUACAAGAAAACUUGAUGGGUCUGAUAAAAAUAUCAAAUGUAUAAAAUGCAAACGAAGAAGUCGUAUUAAUAGUUCACAUAUAUGUUAUUAUUGUCAUGGCAUUAAUUCUCUAAUUGUUGUUGACAGUGGCAAUAUAAACAUUGAUAAUUUUAUCAAAGGAACACAGUCAUCAAAGAAUAGAAUUGGGGAUCGAUUUUUAGAAUGGGUUCCUUAUAAAGAGUUUAAAGAUGUAAAGAAAAUUGGACAAGGUGGUUUCAGUAAAAUUUUUAAAGCUACUUGGAAAAUUAGUGACGGUAUGAGUAAUAAUGGUACGCGUUCUGAAGAUGAAAUCAAAGAAUUCUAUCCAUACAGUUGUGACGGAUGGUUAGAAUUUAAUAAAGCUGAAGAUAAACGACUUGAAAUGGUUGAAUUCAAAAAACCAUUUGUAAAAAAUCCAGGAUACGAGCAUCCCAAUUCUAGAUAUUAUAGCACAUCAUUAAAUUCCAUGAUAGAAUCUAUUAAUUCGACAGUAUCAGGUAUUUAA